AUGCGCCACUCUAAGCUGCUCGUGCUGAGCGGGGCAGUGUCGGCGCUGGGCAUCAUGUCCGCCAUCUCCGCGGGCAUUGGACGCCUCUUCCGUGAAGUGCCCGCACAGCUGCACACCUCCAUCCCGGUGGGAGAGUACCUGGCAUGUGCGCUGCUCGUGUGGUUCGGUAUCCGGUCCAUCCAAUCCGCUCUCAAACUGCCCGCCGCCCCCAUGCCUGCUGCUGCUGCUGCUGCUGCGCCGGCUGCGGGUUCGGCCGCUGGGGCAGCGGAGGGGGACGAGGAGGAGGGGGAGCUUGCAGAAGCGAGGGAGUUUGUGGAGAAGGCUGAGGCUGAGAAGCCAGUGGCCACUAAUCUUGAGGUCUUCUGGGAGGCCUUCUCCCUCAUCUUCCUUGCAGAAUGGGGAGAUCGAUCCAUGCUGGCAACCAUUGCACUCGGAGCAGCCCAGAAUCCUGUGGGGGUGGCCUUGGGGGCUACAGUGGGGCAUCUCCUAGCAACAGGCCUGGCAGUCAUAGGAGGCGCUCUGCUCUCCAAGCACAUAUCCGAGCGCUUCAUUGGCAUCGCUGGGGGGGUGCUCUUCCUUAUCUUUGCAGCUGCCACCAUCUUUGGCGUCUUUUAG